GCGCUCCACUUCCGGGUCAGACCCUUGUCCCGCCUACCUCGGCCUCAGCCAUGGCGAGUAGUAGCGGUGCCGGGGCAACGGCGGCGGCAGGGGCGACGAAUCUGAAUGCGGUGAGGGAAACCAUGGACGUUCUGCUCGAGAUUUCAAGAAUUUUGAAUACUGGGUUAGAUAUGGAGACUCUCUCUAUUUGUGUACGGCUUUGUGAACAAGGAAUUAACCCAGAAGCUUUAUCGUCAGUUAUUAAGGAACUUCGCAAGGCCACUGAAGCACUGAAGGCUGCUGAAAAUAUGACAAGCUGACUUUCUGGAGAAAUCCUAAUGAGAUGUCAAGCUCUGCAAGAGGAUUUGGAGAUUGCAUUGUAGUCAGGAAUGUACAAUGAAAUUACUACAUCAGCAGUGUAGCAACAUUUUUCUUUUUAAAAGAAUUAUAAAACUAUAGCUUUAUAAAUUAAUGAAUAGUGGCUUACAGAAAGGACUAUCAGAUGUGUUUACGUCACAUCUUACUUUUUAAAACCCCUAAUGCUUUGGCAUUACAGUGUUCAUAUUUAUUCCUUAUUUAUAGAUCUGAUAGCUUUAAUUUUCUAAGCAGUCUGUCUAUCAGAUGUGCACAUCUGCUGUGCCUGUUUAUAGUAUAGUGAAACCCAUUAGUAGUAAUAUAGUAGUUAUGACUUGCUGACAUUUCCAUUAUAAACUUUAAUUUUAAAUUGUUUAUGCAAAAUAACUAGAUUUAUGUUGCAUUGGGCUGAAAGUUGACAGAAUUUCAACCACCAUUUGUGAAGUUUGAUUUAGAUUCAUUAUGUAUAUCAGAAUCUUGUUUUUUUUAAGAGCACAAAAAACAUUUGUUCUAAUUUGAUCUUUAACAAAGAAUAUAUAAUUUUUAAACAUAAAGUUUGUCUGGCAGUUAAUAGUGUGAACCAGAUCAAUUUUGUAUUGAUUGAAAAAUAAAACUUUUAGAAACUUAGAUUUUAAAAGUAAUGAUAGUACUUAGCUUAGUACUAUUUGUCAGUUGAAUCAUGUAAUGAGAAUAUUAAUUGAGAGUGUUUUUUUCUCUUAGUUUUAUACUCUGAAAAUGAUGAAACAUUUUCAACAUG